AUGAAACUCUGGAGCUUGUAUUUGUCAAUUUAUUCCGUGUAUACUCAAUAUCAGGCACUUGCACUAAUCAACAAUGCCAUAGGCGAAGAAUAUCAAGACUCUGAAUGUAUUGCUGGUCUUAGUAUGCCUGAAGCAACUGCCCUAGAACAUUUUAAUGGUAUUUUUGGAGAGUUUAUCAUGGUCGACAACGAAGAAAAGGUUCAAAACGCAUCCAUUUUCGGUCCUAUUGCUGCAAGUUAUAUACAGUCCAACGGCUACAGCUAUAACACCAAUGGAUACAAGAGCAGCAAUACGGCAGAAUGCCCAGAUUAUAACCAUCCUUCCGUCCCUCAUUUGGGCUUACUAUCAUAUAGUGCCAAUGUGAGAGAGGCGAAUAUCGCAGGUGCUGUUUGGACAAAAUAUGGUGCCGUGCAUCGUACGCUCGAUAACGCAAGAGAUAGGGUUAGGACUGAAUGUCCUGAAUGUGCGCAUCCAAUUCCGAUGAAUGGAGAAACUUGGGAGGAGCUGUGGUCAUUUGCGCCAGAUGCACUAAGAAACAUCUCUCGUACUUUGGCUGCUUUGGAGCCAGAUACUGUCAUAAGAGCGUUCGACAAAGGUUAUACGCCAAUGAAAAAGAAAAGCACUCUUGAAGGUGUUCGUGUCUUGAAAUUUCCAGCUUGUUCAGAUCGAAAAUGCGAAAUAGUUAGCAAACAAGAAUCAACUGUAGGCAUUCUGAAAGGCGAUGAAAGUUUGGCUACCAAAUACUUUACAGCAGCAGACACUCAAGGGAAGGACACUGUCGUCUUCAACAUACCAGUCUAUGUAGGCGGGAAAUACACAAUUUCCACAUUGGAUGUGAAUAAAGACAUAUCACCUUGCCAAGCUAUUUUCAAUUUCUAUCCUGUCAACCAGAUAGGAGAGUUCGUAAACAGUCCAAAUGCUACUUUCACUUUGAUUCGAUCACCUGAUGUUACUAUUGCUGGUACUAUUCUUGCACCUCAAGCCAACAUUGUUGACUCACACAAAGGAUAUUUUGGCGGCCAAUUGCUCACAUUGCAAAGGUAUGAAGGUCAAGGUGCCAAUAUUUUGAAUUUCCACUCAGCUUCCACUGGAGCUUGUGCUUCUCGUUCAUUAUGCUUGUUUAAAAGGCAUGCUCCCUUUUCUCCGCCGAAUAUGCAAGCACAAAUGCCAGCAGUACCGAAAAUAGGCACACGAGGUAAAUAUGACACUCUUGAUGGUUUGAGUACAUACUCCUUGGAUAAUUCGAAUAUACAUACUGUGACUGAAAAAUUGGAACCAUCCUCUUCCAAUCUUGAUACGGACGAAGUAUAUAAUGUAAACAAGGAUAACAACGACAAAGGCUAUCAGAAAGGAAGAAUAAACACUAUAAUAUUCAAUAGACAUUUAAAAGUUUUCCCAACGAACAUGGUGAUACGCCCUACAGAUCUAUAA